AUGAACUACUCUUUGCUAGAGAGGACGUGUUGUGCCUUGGUAUGGGCAGAUCACCGUCUGAGGCAGUAUAUGCUAAAUUACACUACUUGGUUGGUGUCCAAGAUGGAUCUCGUCAAGUAUAUCUUCAAAAAGCCCGCUCUCACUAGAAGGAUAGCUUGGUGGCAGGUUCUAUUGUCAGAAUUCGAUAUUGUCUAUGUCACUCAGAAGGCAGUAAAGAGAAUUGCCUUGGCAGAUUACCUAGCUCAACAGCCCAUCAAUGUUUAUCAACCUAUGCAUCCAGAAUUCCCUAAUGAGGAUAUCAUGACCUUGUUUAAGGAGGAAGUAGGAGAUGAGGACAGGGAUAAGUGGAUUGUGUGGUUUGAUGGUGUAUCUAAUGCACUAGGCCAUGGAAUUGGGGCAGUAUUGGUUUCCCCGGACAAACAAUAUAUACCUUUCACGGCUAAGUUAUGCUUCGACUGCACAAACAACAUAGCGGAGUACGAGGCAUGUACCGUUGGGAUCCGAGUGGCGAUCGACUUCAGGGUCAAGUUACUCAAGGUAUACGGGGACUCAACAUUGGUAAUUCAUCAAUUGAAGGGUGAAUGGGAGACCAGAGAUCACAAAUUGAUGCCUUACCAGGCUUACGUCAGGAAAUUGAUGGAAUUCUUUGAUGACAUAUCCUUUCAUCACAUUCCUAGAGAAGAAAAUCAGAUAACCGACGCCCUUGCCACUCUAGUGUCCAUGUUCAAAGUAAGCCAGCACAAAGAUUUGUCGUACAUCGAAUUCAAAUGUCGUAGUGAGCCCGCACAUUGUUGUUUGAUAGAAGAAGAGGAGGAUGGUAAGCCUUGGUACUUCGAUAUCAAACAAUACAUCAAAGACAAGGAAUACCCGCCUGAGGCCUCUGACAACGACAAAAGGACAUUAUGA